AUGAAUGAUAUUUAUACGUUUCAAUCAAGUUGUUCCGUAGAUAAUGAUAUCAAUUUUAUUAAAUUUUUCAAUGAUGUCACUGAAACAACAGCUUUUGAUGCUGACAUUCUUUUUUUAAAUAGAAAAGCCCAAGAGUUAAGAAAAGUUAAUUCUAUUGGCGGUACAUCAAGUAAAAUGUUGUUUUGUGUUAAUAAAAAAAAUUUUCCUAAAAAAAAGAAAGAUAUAUCUAUACCUGAGCGUCUCCUUCCACAGUUACAAAAAGCACUUGCUGAAGAGAUUCAAACAUAUGCUUUAAAAAAAAAUCCUAGUAGUCUUUCAACUUCUUUUCAAAAAAUUAUUAAUAACAAUAUGGAAAUUUCAAAUAAUCAGAUUUGGAGAAAAGUUCUUCAUUUUUUUAAUAAACCUAUACCAAAUAAGUAUAAAACAACAUUGGAAUUUAGGACUUCUGAGGAAUUCUUUGAAAGUUUAAUGCAAUUUUCAAUGUCAUAUUUACAAAAAGAAUUUAAAGAACAUAUGGAAAAUGUUGUUUCAAAAAAUUUAAAAUUAGCUAAGAGAGGUGGUAGACCUGGAAAUGAAUAUUUAAUUGAAGGAUUUUUAAAUGUUAUCAGAUUAAAGUGUUAUUAUGAUGUUCAAGAUGGUAUUUUUGGUAGCCAUCCAAUUUGGCAAGUCAUAUUUUGUGCCUUUAGAAUUGGAGAUUAUGAAUUGGUUGGAAGGUGUGUUGAAAAAAUUUCUAAUCAAGGAUUAUAUAAAAGAGUUAUUGAUGUUUUAAAACGAUCAAAGGAAAGUAUUAAACUUUCAAAGGAGGAAGAAAAUGAUUUAAAGGCUGAGUACGAUGAAGAAAUUAGUAAAUCUAGAGAUCCUUACAAGAAAGCAGUAUAUGCUGUAUUUUUAAAUAAAGAAGUUAAUGAAGUAAAUGACAAUUUAGAAAAUUGGAUAUGGAGUAAAUUAGUAUCUGUUUAUGUUUCCAAAGAUGAUGGAAAGUCAAAACUUAUUGAACUUCAAAAAUUAAUUAAAGAAGAGUGUGGUGAAAAUUAUUUUGUAGAUGGUCAACGAAAUUAUACAAAAUAUUUUGGUGUUCUUUGGCUUACUGGACAACUUGAAGCUGCCAUUGAUAUUUUAUAUCGUGGAGAGUAUCUUAUUGAAGCAACUCAUAUUGCAAUUUUAUGUCAUGAGGCUGAAUUUUUAUUAAUUUUACCCAAUUUAUCUGACGACAUUCUUUUACCAUGUAACUACUUAAAUGAAUAUUUAUGUGGUCUCAAUUUUCCUAAAUUAAUUAUUUAUUAUAUGCAACGUUUUGAAGAAACAGAUAUUUUGUCUUUUAUUGCUUAUGGUCAAUUCUUAAAAAAUUUCGAAACUUCUUGUAAUGAGAAUUUGUUUGGAGUAUGUGUGAGUCGAGUUCUUUGCGAUAACGAUUUACAAAGAGAUGAAAUUCUUGGAUAUAUUAAUGAAGAUGGUACAGUUACAGAGGGAAUUUUACAUCGAUAUGGAAAUCUUUGUGCAACUGAAGUUAUCAUUCAAACAGCAAAAGACUUAAACUUUCAAGGAAAACGCAUUGAAUCAAUCAAAUUAUAUACACUUGUUCACGAUGUUGAUACAGCAGCAAAAAUAUUAUGUGAAUUAUUGGGAUCUAUAAUUAUAUCUAAAAGUAGAAGUCGUUCAACUGUGCUGGAUUUUGCAGUAUGGUUUAUUAAAUUAACUUCUAAACCUAAGUAUAAAAUAAAUGACAAUAAUAUAUCAUCAACACUACAAUUGCUUGUUGAUUUAGGAACAUUUUUUGAAUAUGCUCAAGAGAAAAGAAAUCGUGAAGCAAUAACAUACAUGCAACAAUUUGAAAUUUUACCUCAAUACAUUGACUCGAUACAGAAGGCUGUUGAUGCUUAUCAUGUAAUGACAACAGAAAUUCGAAUGAUAUUACCUGAUAUAGUACUUGCAUAUGUUAAUUGUCUCGUUGAUCAAGUUAAUGAUCAAAACGAUGAUACUGAAAAAUUAUUUUUAAAGGAAAUGGGUCAAGCAUUAUUCAAAUAUGUAGGUAUAAUACCAUAUAAGUUCCCACCCCAUAUUCAUACUAAACUUCUUCAAUUAUUUGGAUUUUUUAAAUAA